GUUGUCGGUGACAGACCGUCAGUCGGAUGACGAAAAACCUGCGGAGUUCCGAAUUGACGUUCGCGUGGUGUAACGUCGAGGACCUUGGGACGUUGGGAAUCGGUCCGUGCGGUUUCGCGCGAGGGUGCGUGGCUACGUCAUCGAAAACGGUGUCGUCACCGCGUUUCGCGGCCUAUGCCGUGAAGUGGCGGCCGGUGGAAGGGAUGUGAUUGGAGGUUGCGUUCAGGCCGUCGGCCAUCUUGGGACUUAAAAAUAACCGAAAAUCCUUAUGUUGGCAACGGUACCCUUGUAUGAGAUUAGCACUCCUUUACCGGACGGUGCGAUCGGUGCGAACCAGCUUUCGAAGUGGACGAGAAGUUUACGAAUCAUGUCGACGGCUAACAUGUACGCGGUGCAGUCCGAUUAGUGUUGUGCACGGAGUUGUCAAUAAUGUAACCAGAAGUCCCGGUUUUUCUGUAAAUAUAACUGGUAGUUUUCGUAAUAAGUGAGUCCGGCAACAUAGUAGAGCACCGAGUGUUGAUCUUAUUGCGGCGCUAUGGCCUAUGGCCGCUAAAACAUAGACGGUGGGAUCAAAUCCGUGCCUAACCUCAUUCGUAAACAAGACGGCUUUUCGAUGGUGGGUGACGGUGCUGGUGUUCCUUGCGUAUUAACGUUACACGGAGCAUAAACAUUAUGGAAUGUAGUGUUGGUUUCGGCUGCUCAAUAUCGUAACCAUUUACCGAAAUGCACAAGGUAAAGGAAGAGCGUCACGAUGAGGCCGAAAUACAGGAACUGGCGGCAAAGUUUGUUGAGGCCAACAAGGCGAAAAUGGCAAAUUUGUCCCGACCACAGGCCUCGUGCACUGGCAUGAACAUAUUAACGUUCCUGCAGCCGGACAAGAAAAAUGUCAACAACACAAGCCCAGCAGCCGGUGAGCCCAGGCCGGUUGAUGAGGAGUCAAUCAAAGGCAGGUUCGGUUGGUCACAAGUUGGCAAGGAACAUAUCCCAUACAUAUUUCGAUCAGGUGAACACUACUGUGCUGUACGGAUGGUGGAGAUGAAAGUCCUAAACACACUACUCAACUACCUCCACCAGGACUUGUACAACUGUACGAACAUUAGGAGUUAUUAUAUUACAGAAGCCGAGGCAAGGUUAUUCAAUGAGAUCAACUACAAACACUCGGAUUAUCAGUUUGGCAGGGAACAGUUCACCACCAGGGACCUGAUUGUGCGGUACGCGGACGCCAACGAGUUCUACCAAUUUUUAGGACAUUGUUACAACAAACUAAUUAGUGCUGUGGACGCAGACUCGAUGCAGCGGUGCGGCUUUAUAAGGAUAAAUAGGGAAUCAGUGGUACCUUAUACUGUGUAUAACGGCCAAAAGUACGUGCCCCUCUUUUAUUUUGAGGGCGAAACGGACAAUCUGAAGCAGCGCGCUGAUAAACUGGAGGGCUGGGACCUUGCAUACCUGAAGUUCUGUUGCAAAGUGCAGGGCAUACGAAACGAACUGUUCGCCCACGAUUCCUGUUCUGUGAUUAGCCUUAACGAUAUUAAAAACUAUUUCCCACCAGGGACCCUCUUCGAGGACUACUGGCCAAAGAAAAACCUGGACUCGCAGCUGCUGGUGAACAGCAACUCGUCCCGGAGCCACGCGCAAAUCGCCCAGUGGACGAGGAAGCCGACGGCGCCGCCGGCACCGAUCGUCAGCCAUCCGCCCCCGUCGCCGAAGCCGGCCACCCAGGCGAAGGCGCCGAACAACAACCCCCUGCCGCACAACAUCCAGGUGUACGGAAACUAUCUGGGUGGCGGCACCGCCACCACCACCGGGCCGUACCUGUCGCAACCGAGGACGGCUAGUUCGGCCUCCAGGGCGACCUACGUAGGCAAUGCGGGGAGGAAUAUCAGACCGUCGACGUCCUAUUACGGUGCCAUGACGCCGGCUCCGCCGCCCCUGGUUAGGGUGUCACAGACUUACCAUCCAACAUACGGAAAAGAUGAUUGUAAUCUCGAGGUUAACAUAUUCGAGAACGAUUAUUCCCAAUACGGAAAAAAAGAAUGGCAAGCAUCGUACGCAAACUCGCAAAGCAAUACGGGGAACUCGUCGGGUUACAUGAUAAUGGAGCCCAGCUAUCAGAAGUACCCUCCCCCACCACUGAUACAGAUGAAUGGCGCCAUCGCGAGGUACGACAGCAACAACAGGGACGGCAUGAACACAUACAACGUGAGCAGCACGCAACAGCCGAUAAUAAACCAGCAGCCGGCGCACCAGGCGACGCGGGCCCAGUGCACGACGCCGUCCGGCGUGCCGGACGACCGGAACGCGGCGACGAACGGCCGGAUGCAGGCGACGAUGCGCCAAAAGCUGAUCCCCAUACCGGAACAGCCCAACAACAUUCCAUACAAGGUGAUACCGAAGGAGAUAGCGGAGGGCAAGGUCGUGCCGUGCAUCACCAUGAAACCGUACCAGCACUCGAACGCCAGCGACCUGCUGGUCACGUUGCCCGAUCUCAUUGCGAACUUUUUCCACAACAUGCCGGUGCAGUCGUGCCAGCAGGUGAUGCACGUGCUGGGCAUCGAACUCUACAAGCCAAAUACCGCCCAGUUCCGCGUGCUGAUGGAAACGGGCAAAUAUCAAAACAUAACGGACACCUCGCUGCCGCUAGUGCAAGUGCGGAAUGUGGUCGACUACAUGCCGCAAUUGAAGUAUAUGUUAAGUAUGCCGGAACCGCCGGCGAAAAGACAGAGGCCCAGCUAGGAUUGGGGCGGAUUGUGGGGCUAUAAUUUUUACAAUUAUUAGUCGUGUGUGCGAGCUCCCCACGAAUUUAUGUGUUUAUAAAAAAAUGUUGUUCCUACUAUGUACCAACCCAUUUCAUGGACCUUAUUGAAAUGUUGCUAUACAUGGCGAUUUUGUUUAUAAUUAUUAUUUUUGGCACGGCGGUAUAACUAGGUAUGGCCUGUGCUCAAGCGUCACAAUUGUUCAGUUCAUGUUUUAUUCAUAAAUAUUAUAAUCGUCAUUUAUGUAUUUUUUUAUAUAUAAACUUUUCUACUAAUUUGGUACAUUGCAAAAAUGUACUAAUAAGGCAGAAUAAUUUAAUCUGUCCAUCUUACACAUUUUUCCACCCUAGUAAAACUUUAACAAUGUGUAGAAUUAUCCAUGUGAUAUAUGACUAUUUGUAGUCAUAAAAACUUUUUUUUUUUUUGCUGCAGACAUCUAAAAAUUAAUAAUAAUAAUACUGUGGUGUUAAUUAAAGUUGUAAACGAUUUUUCAGAAACACUUAUUAUUAAUAUUUAGUUAGGCCCAUUUUUAAUAAUAUCUUUGUAAAACUGCAGUUUUGUUCUUUUAAUUUGUAAAUGAAACUAGUGACUGGAAUUUGUAUCUUUAAGUUUUCAAGAAAUUAAAAUGACUACACUAUUACACUAAAUAAAAUAUAAUUUUAUAAGAUUUUUUUUUGUUCGGCUGACGUCCUGUAUUCAAAUUCUGUACAUCUUACGGAAUUAAUUGUCAAUAAAAGCAUGCCCCACUUUAUAAUUUUUCUUAACACCACACGUACGUAAAAGACAUGCGGCAACAUUUUCUUUUAAUUUAUUUACUGUGAUUACCAUCAUUCAUAUUAAACGAAUUUGUAUGAACCUAGAUCGGUCUAAUACCUAGAUAUACUCCUGUUUGCCUUAUGACAUAUUAUUGACACAUACAGGUAUUUUAAAUGAUCGCCUUAUUCGGUAAACUAUUUCUUUCGUCGAUUUAAUGCAGCCAAUUUUGUUGCUUCUUAAAAAAUUUUUGGACAUUUUCUAGUCAAUUAACACAAUAAUUUUGACUGUCAGCCGAUGUAGAUUUGAAAUAUCUGUUUAUUUCUGUAUAAUUUAUUUCUGUACACAAAAAUAUAUAAAUAUAUAGAUGUUUAUGUCAAGAAAUGUCCAGGGUAGGGGUAGCAGAAAUAGAAAACACAUUCUAGAUUAUUUAUUUAUUGUUUUAAAUAAUUUAGAUGCGUAUUUAUUUAUUACUAUUAUUAUUUCGUCUUACUGUAAAAGUUUUUCGUGAGAUCUGAUUAGUUUAUUUCAAAAACUAGACAAACGGUGUCUUGGUUACUCUGCCGCUACUCGAAUCUAAAAUCAAACACUGCAUUUUUUUGUAUCAAACGACCAGUGUAUCCAAGAUUGUCUUAACAUCUCUCUAAAGUUUUCACUUGAGACCAUUUAUGCUCCUGCCUGUGAUAUUAAUACAGAUACAAUUACGAAUCAGUAUUCAGAAUUCUAUUUUAACUUCGCUAUUUUUUUUUUCAAUAUGUAUGUACAGCCAUCACAUCCCACAGUUUGGUUAAUGUAUUUUUUUUUUUGUUUCUUUGUCGAUUUUAUGUUAUGUGACUUUUUUUAGUGUGAUUUGUUAUGUGAUAGUUUGUACAUAAUAUGUUUAUUUGAAUACAGUUUUACUGAAGCCGAUUUCAAUGUAACGAAAUUUAUAUUUUUUAUACAUGUAUAAAUUUAUUACUUUUGUUUUUUUUUACUGUAACUACUAUUGUAAUGCAAACGUACUUUGUUCUAUUUCAUAUACUGACUGUGCAAGGGAAAGGAAUAGCUAAAAUUAUUGUUCCUAAAUUCCUGAAGGUAUAAGUUAACAAAUAGGAAAUAUAUGUAAAUACUGUAAAGAAUUAGUUUCUCAGGCUAUGGGUUUCUGAAAUUAAAAAUUGAAGUUGUGAAAUGUAAAGUAGAAAACCUCGGAUAAAACUGAGACUGAUAAAAAUUAGAAGGAAGGUUUUUUACUUGGUAUAUUUGUGACGUGCUAGCCCACAUAGAGAUCAGAUCUCUCGCCAAAACACCAGAUGAAUAUGUAUAUCAAACAUUUUCUUCCAUAAACGUUCAAGCUCUGACAUAUGCAGUUUUGAUGGUUUUUACAUUUUUGUACUUAGGUCAUAAUUUAUAAAUAAGAUCACCAUGUAAAAAUGAAAAAAUAGAGGGCCAGACUUGUAUAAAUUAAAAUGAAACCAAACCCAAGCCUUAUUAGACGAUAGUGAAAUUCGUUUUUCUUACGUUUGGGAGGAAGGUCGUCGCUGCUGUGCAGGGUAUAGUCAGAUCAAAAUUACACAUUUGAGCCGUACUUAAACCAUAUAUAACAUUCCCUAAUUAUUUCGAUUUAUUCGUGAAGGUUUAAUCGAUGUACAGAGACCUUGUAUAUGUGUGUAUAAAAAUCGUAACGAAUUAGUUCCUUUCAUACAAUAAGUGUAAUUAUUUAUAGAGAACAAAACAGUAUUUAUAUAUACAGGUCUAGUCAGGAAGGGUUGGGAUAUGUAAUCGACUGAUAAAUGGCUUAACUUUCCAUGUACAAGAUUAACAUCGAUUCCUUUGGAUUAGGUGCUACCCCGUGUUCUGAGCCAAUAUAACAAAAAUAUUUAAUUAAUAUUGAAGACCAAAGUACCAAGAAUUGACUGACCUAACUGGCCUGUAUUUUUGUACAUAGACAGACAAGUCUGGAUCGUUUGUGAACUAACCACGUUACUUCAAAAAAGCUUGUUUUUUACAAUAAAUGUAUAUUAAAGCAUUUGAUAUUUGUCUAAAGUUUAUUAUUUCACAUUCAUCUAUGUACAUAUUUUAAAUCAUAUAUUUCAGGACACAUACUUCUAGAACUGUAUAAUGUAUAUAAAAAAUAAAUAUUGUUAUUUAA